UCCAUAAACAAAUGUUUCUUUUUAUAGUCACCCCUUUUUAAGAAACUCCAAAACCGCUUUCUUGAGAACAAAGAUUCAGCAUCAAUCUCUUUCAUUAGAUUCUUAGCUUUGUUUCUCUUUUUGGAGCUGAAGAUCUUGAAAGUCUUGUGAGCAAAGAAAAGAAAAUGAAAUUUAUGAAACUUGGAUCCAAACCUGAUUCAUCUCAGUCUAAAGGAGACAGUAUUAGGUAUGUAGCAACUGAGUUAGAAACAGAGAUUAUCGUCAUCAUCGGCAAUCUCAAAUUCUAUCUGCAUAAGUUUCCAUUGCUAUCCAAAAGUGGACACUUGCAGAAACUCAUAGCAACAUCAAAAAAUGAAGAGAAGAAGAACAAAAUCGAUGAGAUUGACAUAACAGAGAUUCCUGGUGGCUCCGUUGCUUUUGAGAUUUGCGUCAAGUUCUGUUACGGAAUCACUGUGACCUUAAACGCUUACAACGUGGUUGCAGCUCGUUGUGCAGCUGAAUUCUUGGAGAUGAAUGAAAACUUUGAGAAAAGUAAUCUUGUUUACAAGAGUGAUGUUUUCUUGAACUCAACUAUUUUCCGUAGCUGGAAAGAUUCUAUAAUUGUUCUUCAGACCACAAGAGAUCUCUCUCCUAAAUACUCAGAUGAGGAGUUUAACCUGAAGCUCGCGAAGCGUUGUCUCGAGUCUAUUGCUUCUACAGCUUCGAUACACACCUCGAAAGUCGAAUGGUCUUACACUUACAACAGGAAGAAGAAGCUCGAUCCAAAGGUGAAAAAACAAGAAGCUGUUCCCAAAGACUGGUGGGUGGAAGAUUUAUGCGAUCUUCACAUCGAUUUGUAUAAACAAGCCAUCGAAGCAAUCAAGAAGAGAGGUAAAGUUCCGGCUUUCGUGAUCGGAGAAGCAUUACACGCUUAUGCAGCAAGAAGAAUAGCUGGUUUUAGCAAAGGCACAGUGAAAACAAGUGAUAGAUCUUUGACUGAUUCGAUCAUAGAGCUUGUCCCGGACGAGAAAGGAAGCGUUUCUUCCGGUUUCUUGAGUAAGCUGCUCCGAGCAGCGAUCUCUCUCGGGUGUGAAGAAACCGUGAAAGAGAGGUUAAAGAAACGAAUCAGCGAGCAGCUUGAAGAGACGACUCUGAGUGAGAUCUUAUCGUAUGAUGUAGAUAUGGUGCAGAGCCUAGUCAAGGAGUUUAUGAGCCGUGAUCCGAAAACUCGCUCGAAAGUAUCUGUCACAAAGCUCAUUGAUGGAUACUUAGCUGAGAAAUCAAGAGAUGCUAGUUUCCUUCUCCAAAACUUCCUCUCUCUCGCUGAGACACUCUCUAGCUUCCCAAGACAGUCUCAUGAUGGGUUAUAUCGUGCCAUUGACAUGUUUCUGAAGGAACAUUCUGGGAUUAGCAAGAGCGAGAAGAAGAGAUUGUGCGGGUUAAUGGAUUGCAGGAAACUAUCAGCGGAAGCGUGUGAACAUGCGGUGCAGAACGAGCGUUUGCCCAUGAGGGUGAUUGUGCAGGUUCUGUUUUUUGAACAGAUUAGAGCAAAUUGUUCAUCAACAGAGAACACCACAACGACCUUAAACACUGAGGAUGAUGAAUGGGAUCAAUGAGGGACAUAGUUUUUGAUCUUUAGGGUUUUUUGAAUCUGUUCUCAUUUGUUUCUUCAGAAGCACGUCAACAGGAUUUGUAGAAACAACACAAUCUGGUUCUUUUUUCUGAAUUGGAAACAUUUGGUGGUC